AUCAAAUGUUAUCUACAAUUAGUAAAAUGACUCUACAAAUGAGAAUAUUGUAAAUUGUAUAAAUAGUGUAGUUCACUAAUUAAUAAUUUUAAAAUUAUAAUUACAAUUAAUAAUAUUAAACUUUUAACAGCUCCUACAGUAUGUUUUCCUUAAGUUUGUUUAAUGAUAUUUUACGGCCAUUUAAUGUAACCUAUAGAUGUUGGUCUGUUUCUAUGCUUCCUGGCAGUGAGCGUGAAGAUGUUGAACGUGGUGGAAAAAUUAUUAUGCCACCAUCUGCUCUGGAUACAUUAACUCGACUUAAUAUUAACUACCCUAUGUUGUUUAAACUAACUAAUAAGAAAAAUAGCCGAAUUACUCAUUGUGGUGUACUAGAAUUUAUUGCUGAUGAAGAAAAAGUUUAUAUACCAUAUUGGAUGAUGAAAAAUUUACUACUUGAUGAAGGAGACAUGGUACAAGUAGAAAGUGUAUCUUUAGAAGUAGCAACAUUUUCUAAAUUUCAACCACAAAAUUCAGAAUUUCUUGAUAUAACCAACCCUAAAGCAGUUCUUGAAAAUUGUCUAAGAAAUUUUGCUUGUCUUACAACUGGUGAUGUUAUUGCUAUUAAAUACAAUCAAAAAAUCUAUGAAAUGUGUGUCUUAGAAACCAAACCUGGAAAUGCUGUUAGUAUUAUUGAAUGUGAUAUGAAUGUUGAAUUUGCUGCUCCAGUAGGUUAUCAAGAACCUGAAAAUCCAAAAAAAGCGGAUACUGAAGAAAUGAUGGUAGAUCCAGCAGAUUUAAUGCCAGAACCAGAAGGUUUUAUAGCAUUUAAGGGUACAGGCAAUAGAUUAGAUGGAAAAAAGAAAAAGGAAAGUAGUGAUGAUCAAACCAAUCAAGUGAAUAGAGUUGCAUAUCAAAGAGGUAUUCCAGAUUAUGAUUUUACUAUUGGGACAAUACAAUUUUUAAGAAAUAUUCGUUCCGUUACUAAUGAAAAAGAGAAUGACGAAAGUAGGUUUAAACCAUUUGGAGGUUCAGGAUCUGUUUUGAAGACAAAAACUAAAAAGUGAAAGAAAACUAAUUAUGUGAUCUAAAAAUGUUCUUAAACUUCUUUACAUUAAGACCUAUAUUUUGUAUAUUAUAAUUUGUGUAAAUAUUGAAAGCAUAGAAUUUAUGUACUAAUUGUAAUUGGAUUAUUUAUCAAUAAAAUUUAAAGUUGUUUUAAAUAAAAAUACAGUUUACUAAUAUACAUUACUGAGAGUGUCUAAUUAAGUGCACAAUUUUAGAAUAUGGUAACAUAUAUUGUACAUAUAUUUUCAAUAUCAAUCAAUAAAUUUAAUAUUUACUACCUACCCAAUUUUAAUAGAGUAAUUGUUUUUUUUUAUAUGUAAUUCUCAAUAAAUACAACCACAAAAAGGGCUAAGUUCCAACUUAUUACUUACACUAUAAGACUGUGUUUUAUGUUAAAUUUCAUGUUUAUACUCAUAUGAAUAAUGUUUUAUAAUUUUAAUGAUGGGACUAUCAGUAAUUAACAAAAACAAAUAGUAUAGAUAAUAUCUGACAGUGAUUAAAAUCACUAUAUAUGAAUAAAUAAAUAUAUAUUAAUAAAAUAUAAAUAUAAAUA